UUGAGCAACUCAGUCCAACAGUGCUAGCGAAACUGUUGAGAGGGUCGAACUGCCAGACUCUUAAUAGGUGCCUUUCACUUAGACUCGUCAAUUUUGUUCAACACGUAUUUGCGGUGUGAGGCUCUGUGUGUGACAAGCAUGUGAGAAUCGACGGGAAGUUUCCGAUGUUUAUUUUGAAACAUAGCCAUGAUGGCAUCCUGCCCUGGCUCAGUGUAUCCAUGUCGUUGACGAAACUCAAUUUGUGAUUGUCAUGCAAAAAUUGGAGUUCACGAACCCCGUGACCAAGCCCUUCCAGACUUGAAAUUACAACGUGGGAGCCCGCUCGUUUGAACAUCGAGUCAUUCUAAUUCGACACUACGUUAUUAACACAGUCCGUCGUCUACUCCUCGUACCUCUGCUACCUAGACCACCACCAUUAUCACCACUAUGAUUCAUGAGUCUCCAAACGUAGGAUUGAACCUAAACCACAAGAUGGUGGCCAGACAAAGGGGCCAAUCUGUGGGCGAUCCUUUACUUUCUUACACCUCUUCAGAAGACCUUUUUGCCGAUCUCACUGCCUCGACAUCAUCAACCUCAUCUUCAUCCCUCUCGUUGUCUUCGUCUAUUUCUAUGAUGGCUUUCGAUAGCAUGGUUGUGGUUUCGCCUCCUUCACCUCCUUGGUCAGACAUCAUGGAUCUUACCCCUAAUGAGGAAGACAUCGUUAACGCAGUUAUGACAGACGAUCUCAAGCACAGCGAUGUCAUUGAUGACGAUUCCGAGGCCACAUCAGCAUCUUCCUCGUCUAUGGAGAUCGAAAUGGACUCAUUAUCUCUUCCUGAGGAUCUUACUUGCAAUCUGGUCAAGUUCUUGGAUGUUUACGAAGACGCUUUGAGAUCUAAUGAAUCCCAUUUAUCUUAUUCUCCCAAAUCAAUGAGCUCGUCAACGGACAACAAUGAUGAGGGAGCCAGUUUGUCUGACCUCGAUGACGAGGACAGCACCCAUUGCAAGAACCCAGUCACGAUCCUGGUAGAAGACGAAGACGAAGAGGAGGCCAAUGUGCAUCUCUCAUUAGAGAGCAAGUUGUUGAAUGGCAACGAGCUCAAACCGAGCCAUGAAACGCGACCAGCUCCUCAUCACCAUCAAGUGGGUCACUGCAGUGUGUGCAAGCUAGUUUUCACGUCCCCCAAAUUACUGGCCGCUCAUUUUGAGACGUAUGUGAAACAGCGUUUGACGUGCUGUCAGUGCGGUAUGAAGUUCAGCUCCAACUCCAGAUUAAUUUCACACCACCGUCGCCAUAGCCGCGAGAAGCCGUUCAAAUGUCAGAGUUGUGGGAAAUUCUACACACAUCGGGCCACUUUGGUGAAGCACCAGUUGCACUAUUGUCCGACCUUAAGGGCAAAAUGCGAGGAUCUCUCCCCCAGCCAUGUAUGGAGGAGCGAACCACCCACCGAACCACAGCUUCCGCUGUCAGAAUCAUCACCCCCCAACUCAACCGAUGAGAUGCGCGUAUUCCAAGAGUCCUCCUCACCCACGGUAGCCGCCCAAACAGAUUCUGUCGUAUUAUUGCUACCUCAAUGCAGAGGCGUGGAAAGCGUCGCCAAUACCUCCACGAUCCACAGCAACAACAGCAGUGUUCACAACAACAAUAACAACAACAACAACAACAACAACAACAACAACAACAACAACAACAACAACAACAACAACAACAACGUUAACCCGCUUCCUUUCCCUCAAUCGAAACAGAGGCGGGCCGAUAUCAAAGUGGAGAACAUUCACGCCAACCACGAAACCAAGUGUCGCAUUUGUCAGAAAGAGUUCUAUGAUCCCCAGUCUCUCCACCACCACGUGACUUACAACUUGACCAACCGCUCUUGUUGUCUGUGUCACAAGGUGCUCGGAAACAAAUCCAAAUUGCUUACUCAUCACCGGUCCCACACGAAGGAGUCGCCUUACGAGUGUCAGGUGUGUGGCAAGCGAUUCAGUGAGAAUAGCACCCUUCGCAAGCAUGAGGCCACUCAUGGUGCUAAACAAUUCCAUUGCGAUGUUUGUGACAAGGCCUUUGCUCGGAAGGAUUACUUGAUCAAGCAUCGACAGCUGCAUCAGCAGACAUUCCGGUGCUCCGAAUGCUCGUUUGUUUGCCACUCCGAGAAUGAUAUCGCCAACCACGUGGACAUGCACAAGCACGCCAAGGUCAUGGGAAUGGGAUCUCUGACGGAAUCCGAUGUGAUUCCCGAGGAGGUGUUUUCACCUGAGUCCGUGUUCUCAAUUGCGUUACCGGAUUCGGGUCUAUGAAAAGCCAAGCUCACUCGAUGUUUUGGAUUAUGAUACUGAUAUUUGCUAUCACUAGAUGUAAUUUGAAAUACUGUAGCUAUUGUUCUACUACCACUACUACUACUACCACCACCACCAUAACAACAACAAUCGCCAAAAGAACAAAACUCCAAAACCAGGGUAACCCAAUGCCCCUUCAAAUCAAGAUUAAACGCUUUUUUAGCUUGUGAUUAAUGUGCUACUUACAAUAACAACAACAUGCGAAAUACAAUUAUUACUCAAA